AUGCAGACUCUUAGCGAGGUGUUGCUGAACAACAACCAUCUCGUGCCACCUCCUCAGCCUGCAGGACAUAGAGACAUGGGGCGUCUCGUGUCGGGUCACAGGCCACCGACCUUCGCGGGUGAGGAAGACCCGAUCGUCUUGGAAGAAUGGAUGAGGACGUUUGAUAAGAUCUUCUCGGUUAUCGGUUGUCCGGAAGAGCGAAGGGUAGAGCUUGCAACGUUUUACUUCAGUCUUGAGGCCGAUUUAUGGUGGAUACAUGAGGGCCCAGCUUGCCUUGAGGAGCCUGAGUUUGGUUGGUCUGCCCUGAAGGAUCGGAUGCACGAGAGGUUUUAUCCGGCGCAUGUUAGGGCUGCAAUGUAUGAGGAAUUCCUUCAUCUUCAGCAAGGAUCUCUAUCGGUGGUUGAGUACCACAAGAAGUUUCUAGAGCUUGCGCAUUUCGCCCGGAUGCUCGUGCCCACCGAGCUCACCAAGGUUGAGAAGUUCGUAGCUGGCUUGAACUACGAGGCACGGAAGGCCCUAACCGUGAGUAGGCCGAGUUUGUUGAAGGAAGCAUACCUAAGUGCCGCGGAUCAGUACCGUGUUCAGCAGUUGUAG